AUGAAUCAAGACAUGAUUGUCAAGAUUAUGCCUUUUCUUGCUAAAAGAUCAAUACUAGUGCUCCAUUACAUAACUAGGGAUCCAAAAUAUCCUAUUUACGUGAUCAACGGAUACAAGUCCAAGUUGAACAUAACUCCCAUAGGAAAGAUUACUAUGCUGAUACAAAAGGCCAUUGAUAUAGAAAGGAAUGACCUGGCAAUCGAAUACUUAUGCCAUGUCUCUCCAGGGAGAAUGACCAGGAUAUUGUUUAGGUUGACAGAGAACAUGGAACCUGAAAAGAUUCAGCACAUGAUUUCAGAUUUAAAAAGGAAUCAUUUCUGCUUACUAUGCAACUUUAACAACAGAUGUGAAGAAGUUAUAACCCAUCUAGAAAUCACUAUAAAGAACAUGAGAUUGUAUACAUACUAUUGCAAAUGA